AUGAAAAAUAAGCCCUCGCCAUAUUGUCCCCAUGGUCCAACUUUGCUAUUUGAACGAUUUUACAAAUCACACAAGACAUCUCGCCGAUUUUUCGCUUGCUCAGCAUGCCGAGAUCGUAAAGACUGUUCCUUUUUUCAAUGGGCCGAUGAAGACGUUAGCGAUGAUAAAUUACGGAUGAGACAGCAAAUUAAUCUAUCUUUGCAGCCGAAUAUAUUGCCUAGGAAGCAGUUAGCUCAACGAUUAGUUGAGCUGAAAGCUGCUAAAGAGGACAUUCAACGAAAUUACUGUCACAAUUGUGAAUUACUACUAUUCCUAUCAGAAAUUACCGAUCAUGAUAAGCAUGAUGUUACCCGUGGUAUUGAUGCUAGUCGAUUGGAUCGUCCGACGACAAUUUUGAAACCUUUAAUACGCAACAAAACCAACGCUCAAUACUUAUUUUCUGACAAAACCUGUAACUUCUUUCACAAUCUCUUAAAUGAACUUGCAAUAGACUACGUCAUAUGUAUAGGUCUUCCAAGAAUUCAUGAAUUCCUUCAGUUACAACGUAGCCCUGGUGGCAAAGAAAGCAUCCAAAGUAUCCUCUUGGAUAUUGAUCAUCGCUACGCUCAAUUUUAUCCGAAUUGGAGUUACUGCCGUUAUAAUAUGUUUAAUAAUUAUUUCUUUGAUGGUGAAACUAGUCAGCAAAUUUAUGUGGAUUUUAUGCAGAAAAACGAAAAUAAGAAGGGAAUCAUCCUUAUCGAUCCUCCUUUCGGUGGCUUACUGCAAGUUAUUGCUGAAAGUUUACAAAAAUUGCUCCGUUUAGGUUUAAGGGAAGAAAUGCCAACAAUAUUAGUUUUUCCAUAUUUUCUGGAAAAUCAUGUAUAUCAAUGUCUUCGCGGAUUCCACAUGAGUGAUUAUAAAGUUGAUUAUGAUAAUCACCCGAUAUAUAACAAUAGAAGAAAUACGGACAAGCUCAAAGCAUCAAAGAGGCAAUCUCCAGUACGACUUUUUACUAACAUAAAGCCAUCUAAGAUAACGUUACCUAAAGAAGAGGGUUAUCGAUUUUGUCACAGUUGUGAUCGAUAUGUAGCUAGAGAAAAUAUUCAUUGCUACAAAUGCAACAAUUGUCCUUCAAAGGAUGGUAGAACCUACAUCCAUUGCGAUGAGUGUAAAAAAUGUGUUAAACCAGGAAGAGUACAUUGCCAAAUAUGCAAAAUGUGUCUCCCUAAAGAUCAUCAAUGCAAAACCACUGGUUGCUACAUUUGUGGCCAAUACGACCAUAAACAUCGUAAUUGUUCAGUAAAAUCAAGACAACCCAAGCGAAAGUACACUGCAAUGUUUGCGACUUGA